AUGACGGCAUCAAAGCGCUCCAUCCUGAUCAUCAACCCUAAUUCCACCGUCUCCAUGACCGAUGGGCUGAGGCCUCUCGUCCAAACCCUAGGUUUCCAUGAUUCCACCACCUACACCUUCUUCACCGGCCCACCCGCCGCGCCGCCCUCCAUCAACAACGAGCGCGACGCCGCCGACUCGACGACGCACUGCUUCCCCGCGCUGCGCCCGCUGCUCGCUGCCCACGACGCCUUCCUCGUCGCGUGCUACUCGCCGCACCCGCUCGUCGCAGCCCUGAAGGCCGAGCUCGCCGCACUCGACAGCACCAAGCCCGUCACUGGCAUCUUCGAGGCCAGCGUCGCUACCGCCUUGCAGGCCGCGGUGCCGCCCAGGGGCAAGUUUGGGAUCGUGAGCACGGGGAAGGUGUGGGAAGGGAUUCUGGAGGGAGCGGUGGUGGAGUUUUUGGGCUUGGGCUCGGGUGGUGGUGGUGGUGGUGAGGGCAGGUUUGCGGGGACGGAGACGACGGGGUUGAUGGCGACGGAGCUGCAUGAGGUGGAGGCUGGGGAGGUGAAGAGGCGGAUGGUCGAGGCGACGAGGAGGCUGGUGGGGAGGGGGGAUGUUGGGGCUGUGUGUUUGGGUUGCGCGGGGAUGGCGGGCAUGAACGAGAUGGUGAGAGAGGCGUGCAUGGCGGAGUUGGGCGAGGAAGAGGGGAAGAGGGUGGUUAUUGUAGAUGGGGUGCAGGCUGGUGUAGCGUGGUUGGAGGGAAUGAUGAGGAUUGGCGUCUAG